UUGUUGGCGCAGCUGGAGCAGCGGAGGAAGCGACGGCUGCGGCGGCGCUUGCGGCUGGUACGGCUUGCGUGCGUGCUGUCGCGGUUGUGGCGGUUUGAAUGUGGAGACGUACAACGGUGUCCCCCAUGAGUUGAGUCGGUAGCCAUCCAACUCCGAGCAGCGAUGGGGUACCUCAAGUACAUUGAGGUAGAGAACUUCAAGUCGUACCGGGGACUGCAGAUCAUUGGACCCCUGAAGCCGUUCACAGCCGUCAUCGGACCCAAUGGAUCAGGCAAGUCCAAUUUCAUGGAUGCCAUCAGCUUCGUGCUGGGCGAAAAGAAGAACUGCCUCCGUGUCAAAAAGCUCAGUGACCUUAUACAUGGAGCACCCAUUGGACAGCCGGUGUCAAACAGGGCUCACGUGACGGCCGUGUACUGCAACGAAGAUGGCACAGAGACCCACUUCACCCGACUGGUGGCCCAUUCGUCGUCUGAGUUCCGCAUUAACAAUGAGGUGGUGAGCCAAGACGAGUACCUGAAUCGGCUGGAGGGGUUGCGCAUCAACGUCAAGGCAAAGAACUUCCUGGUGUUCCAGGGCGACGUUGAGACAAUCGCCAUGAAGAACCCAAAGGAGCGCACAGUGCUGUUUGAGGAGAUCUCGCACUCGCUCGAACACAAAGCCGAGUAUGAGCAGCUGCGCAGCGAGAUGAUCAAGGCCGAGGAGGACACACAGUUCUCGUAUCAGAAGAAAAAGGGCAUCGCUGCCGAGAAAAAAGAAGCACGCCUCGAGAAAGAGGAGGCCGACAAGUAUCAGCGUCUCAAGGAGAACCUGGCCGAGCGACAGGUGGUUUCACAGGCCUUCCAGCUGUACCACAUCCAGCGUGACCUCGACUCGCUCGCAGCGGACAUGGCGUCCAAGACCAACGAGCUGCAGCGCCAUGUCCGCAAGAAGGAGAAAAUUGAGGAGGAGGUGCGCGACAAGCGCAAGGAGCAUGGCCGCCUGCAGCGUGACAUGGCCAAGAUCGAGCAGCAGAUCCGCGAGGCCGACGUGGAGCUGAACAAGCGCAAGCCGGCCUUCAUCAAGGCCAAGGAGCGGACGGCACACAUGCAGAAGAAGCUGGAAGCUGCACGCAAGUCGCUCAAGGCGGCCAAGAAGGUGGACGAGACGCAUCAGAGCGAGAUCGCCGAGCUGGAGCGCGAGCUCGAGGAAAUAGCCGAGCACAUGCAAGAGUUUGAACAGCAGCUCAGCCAGGAGACCCAGGGCCGCGAUGUCUCGCUGGAGGACUCGCAGGUUCGCGAGUACCACCGUCUAAAAGAGGAGGCCGGCCGGCAGGCGUCGCUGCACCUGCAGAACCUAGACUCGGUCCGGCGCGAGCACAAGUCGGAUCAGGACCGGCACGACAACGAGCUGCGCAAGCGCAAUGAGACACAGGCUAAGCUCAAGCAAAAGAAGGCCGAACUCGACGAGAACGUGCGGAGAGUUGACAAGCUGGCCGAGCAGAUCCGGUCGAGUGAAGCUAGCCUCGAGGAGCUGCGGCGCCAGGAGCAGGAGGUGUCGCAGGAUGUGGCUGCUGCCAAGGGCCGCGUGUCGGAGAUCAACCGCGAGCUCGAGGCCCUCAUGAACGAGCUGGGCGACGCCAAGGUGGACAAGCACGAGGACUCUCGCCGCCGUAAGAAGGCCGAGAUAGUGGACCACUUCAAGCAGCUGUACCCGGGCGUGUACGAUCGUCUGGUCAAUAUGUGCCAGCCCAUCCACAAGAAGUACAACGUGGCCAUCACCAAGGUGCUUGGCAAGAACAUGGAGGCCAUUGUGGUUGACUCGGAGAAGACUGGCCGUGCCUGCAUCAAGUACCUGAAGGAGCAGAUGCUCGAGGCCGAGACGUUCCUGCCGCUUGACUACAUUGAUGCCAAGCCGCUCAAGGAACGUCUCAGAUCCAUUACGAAUCCCAAGAAUGUGAAGCUGCUGUACGAUGUGCUACAGUACGACCCUCCAGCCAUUAAACGGGCUGUGCUGUACGCCACCAAUAAUGCCUUGGUCUGCGAGACAGCUGAUGAUGCUAGUCGUGUGGCCUAUGACCUCGGAGACAACAAGAGUGUGGCUUCCAGGUACGACGCAGUUGCGCUGGACGGAACAUACUAUCAGAAGAAUGGCUUCAUCUCGGGCGGUAGCACAGACUUGGCGAAGCGGGCGCGCCGCUGGGACGACAAGGCUUUCCACACGCUCAAGGCGCGCAAGGAGAAACUGACGGAGGAGCUGAAGGAGAUGAUGAAGCGCACCCGCAAGGAGUCGGACCUGACAACACUGCAGUCGCAGAUUCGGGGCCUGGAGACGCGUGUGCGCUACUCCGUGACGGACCGUGACAACAUCCGCAACAAGAGCAUGGCCAACCUGGAACGGGAGAUUGCGCGCCUCGAGCAGGAGCUGAGCCGACAAGAGCCGCUACUGAAGAAGCUGGAGGAGGAGAUGCGGACCAAGGAGUCGCAGGUGGACGAGCUCAAGGAGGCACAGAACGGCAUUGAGGACCGCGUGUUCGCCGACUUCUGUGCCAGCAUUGGUGUCGACAACAUUCGGCAGUAUGAAGAGCGAGAGCUGCGCGCCACCCAGGAGCGUGACCGCAAGCGACUCGAGUUUGAGAACCAGAAGAGCCGCAUUGUCAACCGGCUUGAAUAUGAGCGCUCCAAGGACACGGGAGAGAACGUGCGCAAGUGGAAGAAAACAGUCGAGGACGACGAGAAGGAGCUGGAGAACCUGAAGCAGGCCGAACAGGCCCAGAUGCACUCCAUCGACGAGCAAAUGCAGGCACUGGAGAAACUGAAAAGCAACAAGAUCAGCAAGAAGCAGGAGUUGGAUGGCACCGAGGAGAGCAUGGGCGAGAUCCGCAAGCGGCUAACGGCCGUGCAGAAGGAAAUCGCGAGUGUGCAGAAGGCACUGACAGCCCUCGAGGCACGCCAGGAACAGCGGCGCCAGGACCGCCACAGUGUCUUUCAGACGUGCAAGCUGGAGCAGAUCCCCUUGCGCUUGGUGCGCGGGAACCUCGAGGACUUGGAUGCCACGGCGCCGACAGACGACUCAGCAGCAGGUGAUGAAGUGGCUGCUUCCCAGGCCAGCAUCACCAAAGUGUACGAGCGUGAGGGCCACAUUGAGGUGGACUACUCGGUCCUGCCCGAUGAACUGACUGAGUUGGACACGCCAGAAGAGGUCAAGCGAGAGGGCAACCGCCUCAACAAGGAGAUAGCCGACAUGCAGAGUCACCUGCAGCGCAUCCAGGCGCCCAACAUGCGGGCAAUGGAGAAGCUGGAUGGCGUGAAAGAGCGGCUGAAGGAGACAGACACCGAGUUCGAGAAUGCGCGCAAGCGUGCCAAGAAGGCCAAAAUGGCUUUUGAGAAGGUCAAGCGAGAGCGCCACCACAAGUUCACCGCCUGCUUCGACCAGGUGUCCAACCGCAUCGACGAGAUCUACAAGGCGCUCACAAACAACGCCAGUGCCCAGGCCUUCCUAGGUCCCGAAAACCCCGAGGAGCCAUACCUAGAGGGCCUCAACUACAACUGCGUGGCGCCCGGCAAACGUUUCCAGCCCAUGAGCAAUCUGUCCGGUGGUGAAAAGACAGUGGCUGCCCUUGCCCUGCUGUUCGCCGUGCACAGCUACCAGCCGGCACCGUUCUUCGUGCUUGACGAGAUUGAUGCGGCGUUGGACAACACCAACAUCGGCAAGGUGGCAAACUUCAUCCGCAAGCAGACAGAGACCUCCUUCCAGUGCAUCGUCAUUUCACUCAAGGAGGAGUUCUACAGCCACGCUGAUGCCCUGGUUGGCAUUGUGCCCGACCCUGGGGAAUGCACCAUCAGCCGUGUGCUGACCAUGGACCUGUCUGAGGUGCCCGAGGGUUGAGAGCAACCUCGCCCACUGCGACAGCGUCGGGGGCAGGAAAGGGGCGGCACAGGAGUGCUGUGUGACGGCCAGAGAAAACGUGCGUCGGGGCGCGCCUCUGUACAGUUUUUAGAACGGUGUUUUAGCCGUGACGCGUGCCUAUCCAGUUGGCAUUAGGGCAUAUGUUUUAAGAGUGAACGCCUGCUCCCCUGCUGCUCUGAUCUUCUGCCUGUUGCAUAGCCCUUGGUCUGUGAAAAAAAAAAAAUUCGGUGCGAUGGGAGCUCUGUGGAUUGCAUAGGUGCAUUGCGUGGGGCAUUCAUCACUGUAUGCAGUCUCAAUAAGGCUGUUGUGCAACACGAACCAAAGCAUGCCCAUAUUAGUGCAUCUACAAGAGGCAAGUUUUACAUCUGCUCGCAUGUGGAUCAGUGGGAGCUCAGCAGGAGUGCCACACUGGUGCAUUUUGAUUGUACAUUCAUUCCCUCAUUUUUUAUCGCUUUUACAUCGUCUGCAUUGCUUGUACAUUGCAGCGCUUUACACCAGCCAUGAAGCAGCAGGGGAACUUCUUUGUUUAGAGUUCACUGUUUAGUUGUUUUAGUAUGCGAGGAAAUUUUGCAGUUAGAUGCAACAGAAGCCUUAUCUUUUUUAUUAACUUUAAUUGUCAACUUUCAAUUGUAUAGCUUAUACAUUUUAUGAAUAUAUGUAAGCAGCUCUAAGUAUUGCUGUUCAGGCGCCGUGGUGUGUGGCCUGGGCAAGUGAUGCAUUUCAUCCUGACGAACUCUCUUGGGACGGAUAUCUUGCAACCUUUUCUUCUGCAUUUUAGCACUUUUUGUUGUUUUAAUUUGCAUCUACAUCCUUUUAACUUAACUGUUGCUGCUUCUGGAGGCUGUAGGAGUGGUGUGCAAGAUUGAACUGAACAUUUUAUAGCCUGCUUUGGGUUUUGAAAUAAAUUAAAUUGUUUUGUCCA